AUGAUCCUCUGCGCGCGGCCGCCGCCCGCUGCGCCUUGGGCGCGCUUCCAGCUGCGGCGGAAGGAUGGGAAGCACCUGGUGGAGCUGAGCACGGAGUGGAGCACCGAUGAGGCGGUGCGACAGAGCCGGCGCGGCAUGUUCCAGGCCAUGCUGCAGGCGGUGAAGCAGGUGCCGGGGGGCGCCAUCUUCGAUCAAGGCCGCAAGAUGUGGGACCUGAAGUCUGGAGCUGUGGCCAGCCGGGCGCUGAUGGGCCGACUGCAGGCCUUGGGCUUCGAGUUUCCUGAGGUGGAGGUGAAUUCUUUCUUUGAGGUUCAAACGAGUCCAACGCCGCCGAGUCAAAGCUUCGGAGAUGAGGAGGAGUUUGCGGAGUUUUUGCUCUCAGGGUGGCUAGAUGAGGUAGAGGCCAAAGAAGUCGCAGCCUCACAGGAAUCGCUGCAGGCUGGGAUGACCGUGAAGGUGGAAGGUAUCACUUCGCAUCCGGAGCUCAACGGUAUGGUGGGCACUCUUGAGGAGAAGGAUGCUGGCAAUGCGGGCAGGUGGAAGGUCCUGCUGGACGGCGAGCGCUUCUCGCUGGCCGAAGACAAGCUUCUGCCCGUCGCGCCCGCGCCCGUGGCGACGCCCGCGACGGCCCCGGAGCCAGAGGCGCCAACGACGGCCGAAGCAGGAGGUUCCGAAGCCGACGCUUUCCGAGAGGCCGAGGCACCGCCGGCCAGCGCCGAAAUCGCCGCGAGCGAUGACGCGAGGGAUGCAUCUUCCGGAAGCGGGGUGCAGGCGCCAGACGGCGCUGCCCAGAUCGUGGCCGUGAGCGAUGGGGACAGGGAUGCAUCUUCCAGAAGCGGAAUGCAGGUGGCCCCGGAGCGAGCCGAGUGCGUUGUCUGCUCGGGGCUCAGUGCCCCCAGUUCCCAGUGCGACCACGGAAAGCAGAACUUUGGGCUCGAGGCAAUGGGCGCCGCAUCUAGCGGCGGCUCCAGCAGCGGCUCCAGCAGCAAGCGAAGCCGUGAUGUGGUGCCAUCCCCCCCGGUGCAUACUGGGGUCUUAAGCAAAGGUCUCCGCCUGCAGGUCAGAAAUUCGCCCUUGAGCCUCGGUCUGCGGCGGGAUGUCUUUGGGCUGUGCAUCACCUUCUGCAGCCCCGGCGAGGUGGGGCGCCUCACCAAAGUGGAUCGCAGCAUCCACGAGGCCUGCGAGGCGGAGCCGGUGUGGCAGGCCAUGCUGCAGGCCGACUUCUGGACCUCGCCUUGGCGGCCCAGCGAACGGGCGACGGCGGGGGCUCGCAACCGGAGUGGCCGAAACUUCUUCCAGCAGAAGGAGAUUGGGCUGGCUCGGAAGCAGGUGUCCCAGCGCUGGCAGAGCGAAGUGGCCUUCAGGAGGAAGCAGGCCCUGAAGGGACGCAUGCAGGAACUGCAGGCAGAGAUGCUGGCCAGAACUCAGGCCUGCCAACAAGAAUGGGAAUCAGUGAUCAAAAGGCGGCGGUGCUUAGCCUUCGUUCUGUGGGGCGGAGCCGUCGCUUGCGUGUUGCGGAUCGCCUUCAUGUACGUCUCCUUGCGAGCUGCGAGGGGUGUCACAGUGGUGGCCUACAGGUUUUCCUGCCGCUUCUUCUACGUCUUGCUGUACCUGGCGCCGCCGGGUUUGCUGCAGCGCUACGCCUGGCAGCGGCGCUGGGGCCGCGGCCCGGGGGCGCGAUUCGCGCUGCUGGGGGGAGCUGCGCUGGUGUGGCACCGGGCCGCAGGCAGCUGGGCGCUGCGAAAAUGGCAGGACGUGGCGGGGGUUCUCUCGGUGGCGCUGUCCGUGCCCUGCGUUAUGCUGGGCUGCGGCCUGGCCGCGGCGCUGUGCGCGGCGGUGGUGGCGGCCCUGGGCUACGGGGCGCUACGCUUCCUGCGGCGCCAGGCGCGGGAGUUCGAGGCGGUGAGGCGGAGGGACACCCAGGAGGCGGCCAUCCACCAGGAGUACAAGGCGGAGAUCCAGAAGUGCCGUGUCGCGCUGGGGCUGCCGCCUGAAGACAAGCCCAGCUGUAACUGCCGGAUUCUCUGA